ACUCUAUACCUGUCUAAUCUAAAUAAAAAAAUGGCAUAUUCCAUAACAAAUAUUUUUCCAUAAAAUCGUCGCAGUAUUAUUUGAAUAUGAAAAAUAACCCGUUGGAUGCAAAAAAUUAAUUGGAUUUAAGAGAAUGCUAUGAGUAUCACUGACGUCGAUAUAAUACUCAGAAGGCUCUCAGGUCGAUUUCAUAAAAUAUUUUACGACAGAGAAUUCGUAGGUUGUAUUCAGGAAGAUUUUCAAGUUAUACUUAAAAACAGGAACCGCUGUUGUGUUGUUGUCUUUCCUCUUCUCGGUCCAAACUAUUUUAAAGCAAUCCAAUAUCAAGCAGAAAUUUUUGACUUUGAGGUGUUUGUUUUGAAAAAUAAGAAAAUAAGUUCUAUCGCAGUAUGUGACAAAAAAUUCUUGAUAAAAAACUCGAAAAUUCCCGACAGACAAAUAAUGCCCAUUACUGAGCAACAAUGUGGUGUUGGCAGUACUUUAAAGAAAAAACGUCCUGAGAGGCAGCUUUAUGUACCACCAGCUCAAAGGAAGCUAUCUGUUAAUGAAACUCAGCCGCAGAGUGAGCAAGGAAGCAGUGUAAAACUCAGAAAGUGCAAAAAAUCAGAAUCGUUCAAGAAAGUGAAAAAUAACAAUGAAACCUGCAAGGCGGAGCAAGAAAAUGUGAAUCAACUGAGUGAAGAGCCCAAUAAACGAAUCUCUGAAAUUAAUAGCUACAAACUUAUGGAGAACUAUUCGUUUAUGUGGUGGAAAUAUGCACUGUUCGAAUCUCCAUGUGGAAAUGACCAUAAUUUCUUUAAUCCAACAGUACCUUUAACAAACAUGCUGUGCCGUACCGACUUAAAUGGAUCAAUGAUAUUUGAUUCCAGAAGAAAUUUAUUUACUUUAUAUAUUUUAGGUAAUGACUUUGUACUUUGGCAACCAAAAGUCUACGCAUUUAUUAGAAGCAGCGAUAAUAAUGCAAAAAUCGUUCCUCCCAGUAAUAUUUAUUUACUAAACAAAGAGGUAACUGUUUGUGAGAAAAUGGCUUUAGCAGAAUGUUCUUCCUCUAUUACGACAUACGUAGAAGUUAUAAAUAAGUAUAGUAUAUAUUGUGAUUUUGAUGUAUAUUUACUGAGAAGUAUCGACAAUGCCUAUACUUUUUUGGAUAUGUACAGCCUUUGUUACUAUUAUCUGGUAGUAAAUGAUGAAUACAAUGAAUCAGAUUGGAUAAACGAGUUGUUGGCUGAAGAUUGCAAAAACGACGAUUCGAAGAAUACGCCAAACAAUACAUCACAAGAAAAAAAAAUGGUUGUUCGUGAUAAACCGUCACAGCCAGAAAUGCAUUUACAAAAAAACAAUUUGAACUAUUUAAGAAGCAGCAUGCAAGUCAUUGAUAACGUGAAAAAGGAGAAAAACGAAUUGGAAGAGGAGAAAGAAAUUAUGAGGAAAACUAAAGAAAACAUAAACAGAAAAACUCGUCCGAUUAUAAAGUAUGUAGACGAAGCGAACGACGCUUUAAAAAUCGAAAAAGACGAUGUUAAUAAUUGGGAAGAUUUGUUUAAUGACGAAGGUCAACUGCAAGAAGAUUUAUUUAAACAGAUAAUCCAUAAAGUUGGAAACGAUGUAACAAUAAUUAAAGCUAAAGAGGACUAUUCGGACUACUUUACGAAGCAAGUAAACAUCGAGGAACUGGAGCAUAUGGUGGAACUCUACGAUUUCCCUCCAACUUUACAAACCCACGAUUUGAUCCAAGCAUUCAGUGAAAUCAACAGUGACGCUAUGUAUAUUAAAUGGGUCGAUGAUACCCAUGCCAUACUCGUCUUGGGCUCUUCCACCCAAGCGCAAAGAGCCAUAAACGUUAAAAAUCCUUUGAUAAAAGUUCGACCCAUGACGGCGGCUAGUAAGGUUACUCUUUCUACUGCCUACAAGCACGGCCUGAAGCCGGCAAUGAAACGGCCUCCCACGAAUUUACAAACUGCUCGGAGAUUAAUCACGACCCAUCUUGGAACCAAAAGCGGAAUUAGUAAAGAAGCGAGUGCGAAAGAACGGGACGAUUUGAAAGCCGCUCGAGAAAUGAAAAAAAUUGUCAAGAAAAACGAACAAGACGCUUGGGAAGGAAACCUGAAGUCUUCGAAGAGUUCAAAUUGAUUAUGUUAAUUCUCCACUUGAUUAUGUCUUCAAUGUUUCGCAGUAUAUCGUUUUUCCGUUAAUUUUGUUGUGUUAUAUAUUUAUUUUGUUGAUCAAUGUUAUUUGUUUAAUUAGCCGAUGUUUCGUUUUGAGAUUUGUUGAGUGAUUAGUUUGAAAGAUAUAAUCAAGUUUAUGGGAAUUUUGUAAUAGUUGCAUUUUUAAUGUUCUCGUUCAAAUGGGUCCACAUCCAAAGAUGAUAUGAUAUUCAGUACCUACAACAAAUUUUGUGCCUUAUACCUUUAAAAUAGAUAUGUAUUUAUUACUCAUCUUGUGUUGAUGCAUUCAUAGUCGUUUUAUCAGGAUGUGUUAAUUAAUUACUUAAAUAUUUUUACUAUGUGUCUAUUGUCCUACAAUAAAUUAUAAUGUAUGG